AUGAGGCCCCAACCAAGCCCGGCAGUGCCCAGUGGAGGCAGAGAGGGGCGCUUGCCCCGGGUGCGGGCACAGACGGUGGGCAUCCCUGCAGCCCAGAGGACCAAUCCUCUCCACUCCCAUGGGAUGCGUCUGCUCUGGGGUCCUAGGAAGCCCUUCCUCACCCUGCUUCUGCUGGUUUCUAUCAAGCAAGUUACAGGAUCUCUCCUUGAGGAUACAACUCGGAAGUGGGCUCAGUAUAGGGAGAAGUGUCUGAGAGACUUGCUCAAUGAACCUUCUGGCAUAUUUUGCAAUGGAACAUUCGAUCAGUAUGUGUGCUGGCCUCAUUCUUCUCCUGGAAAUGUCUCUGUUCCCUGCCCUUCCUACUUACCUUGGUGGAAUGAAGAGAGCCCAGGAAGGGCCUACAGACACUGCUUGGCUCAGGGGACUUGGCAGACGCGAGUGAACGCCACAGCUAUUUGGCAGGAUGACUCAGAAUGCUCAGAGAACCACAGCUUCAAACAAAACGUGGAUCAUUAUUCCUUGCUGUCCACCUUGCAGCUGGUGUACACCGUGGGCUACUCCCUCUCUCUCAUCUCCCUCUUCCUGGCUCUUACACUCCUCUUGUUUCUUCGAAAACUGCACUGCACACGCAAUUACAUCCACAUGAACUUGUUUGCUUCGUUCAUCCUGAGAGCACUGGCCGUCCUGGUGAAAGACAUCAUCUUCUACAACUCUUACUCCAAGAGGCCUGACAACGAGACACCUGACAAUGAGAAUGGAUGGAUGUCAUGUCUGUCAGAGAUGUCCGCAUCCUGCCGCUGCGUCCAGGUCCUCCUGCACUACUUUGUGGGUGCCAAUCACUUGUGGCUGCUGGUGGAAGGACUUUACCUCCAUGCUCUGCUGGAGCCCACGGUGCUUCCAGAAAGGCGGCUGUGGCCCAGAUACCUGGUGGUGGGUUGGGCCUUCCCCAUGCUGUUUGUUAUUCCCUGGGGUUUUGCCCGUGCACACCUGGAGAACACAGGGUGCUGGGCAACAAAUGGAAACAAGAAAAUCUGGUGGAUCAUCCGAGGACCCAUGCUGCUUUGUGUGACAGUCAACUUCUUCAUAUUCCUCAAAAUUCUCAAGCUUCUCAUUUCUAAGCUCAAAGCCCAUCAGAUGUGCUUCAGAGACUAUAAAUACAGAUUGGCAAAGUCAACGCUGCUCCUCAUUCCUUUACUGGGGGUUCAUGAGGUUCUCUUCUCUUUCAUCACUGAUGACCAAGUUCAAGGAUUUUCAAAACUUAUUCGACUCUUCAUCCAGCUGACAUUGAGCUCCUUCCAUGGAUUUCUGGUGGCCUUGCAGUAUGGCUUUGCCAAUGGAGAGGUGAAGGCCGAGCUGCGCAAGUCCUGGGGCCGCUUCUUACUAGCUCGCCACUGGGGCUGCAGAGUCUGUGUCCUGGGGAAGAACUUCCGGUUCCUGGGGAAAUGUUCCAAGAAGCUGUCAGAGGGAGAUGGUGCUGAGACACUUAGGAAGCUGCAGUCCUCAACCUGCAGCUCACACUUGGCCUCUGAGACCCUGGGGGAGCUGGGGGCUAGACCUCACCAGGGCCGUGGAGCUUGGCCCCGGGGAAGCAGCCUGUCUGAGAGCAGUGAGGGGGACUUCACCCUGGCCAAUACCAUGGAGGAGAUUCUGGAAGAGAGUGAAAUCUAA